AAGUGUGCUUGGAAACUUUGAGCAUCUAUAAUUGGAUAAACAAAAUUGUAUUGAUGACUUAUUUAAUAUAUACACGCAUGGUCUGAGCUCUGAGCACGUCAUCAGUAAGAAGAGAAGCCUUUUGCUGUUCCAUUGAUAAGCACAUCCGCAAGAGCGAAAAAGUGCAAUUGACCGGAGACUUGCGUACAACCGCACCCUAAAUAAAAAAGCCGAUACCACAUUAUGCCGAUAUUGUAUAGCGUCAUCUCGCGCGGCACCACGGUGCUAGCCAAGUUUGCGGAGUGCGUUGGAAACUUUGCCGAAGUGACGGAGCACAUUAUUGGUCGGAUUGGGGUGCACAACCACAAGAUGACCUACACCCACGGCGACUAUCUAAUUCACUACUCAUGCGACAACAAGCUGGUUUACAUGUGCAUAACCGACAAUGAGUUUGAAAAGUCGCGAGCUUUCUUUUUUCUGGCGGAUAUCAAGCAAAAAUUCAUACAGACCUAUGGGCUGCAGGUGGCCACGGCAAUCGCCUAUGCCAUGAAUACGGAGUUCUCGAAAGUACUUGCCCAGCAGAUGGUCUACUUUAGCCAGUCAAGUGCUGUUGAUAAUAUUUCUCGUGUCCAUGGCCAGAUUGACGAACUGAAAGACAUCAUGGUUAAGAAUAUUGACAGUCUACGUGAUCGUGGCGAAAAAUUGGAGCUGCUCGUCAAUAAAACAGAAAACUUGAGCAAUAACUCGGUUGCAUUCCGCAAGGCAUCAAGAAACUUGGCGCGGCAGAUGUUUUGGAAGAAAAUUCGUGUCUAUGUUGUUGUUGGGAUAGUGAUAAUAUUUAUAAUCUAUGUUAUUGUAAGCAUGUUCUGCGGCGGUCUCGCCUGGCAGACGUGCGUUUAGUGCACGGCCAACGAUAUUGUUUAAUUGUUAUGGGUCUAUACCGGAUCGGAUGUAUAUUUGCAUAUAAAACACAUGAGUUACUUUCAUUAUCUACAUAUGUUCUAUUUAAUAAACAUGAGUGUACACAUGAAUAA